AUGACCGUGAUGACUCCUGCUCCCAUUGAUCAGCAACAGCAGGAGGAUGAGGAGAUGCUUGUCCCGCACACUGUUCCACAGGCUGAUUUGGCUGAGAAUAAUCACGAACCUAUGGAUGUUGUUGCUCAACCUGAAAUUGCCAACCCAGUGGAGCCUGCCGAGGAUCCUACACCAUCAAGAUUCACAUGGAGAAUCGACAACUUUUCUAGGAUGAACACGAAAAAGCUCUAUUCAGAUGUAUUUUUUGUUGGGAGUUUCAAAUGGCGUGUACUUAUUUUCCCAAAAGGGAACAAUGUCGACUAUUUGUCCAUGUAUUUGGAUGUUGCAGAUUCAACUAGUUUGCCCUACGGUUGGAGCAGAUAUGCACAGUUUAGCUUAGCAGUUGUUAAUCAAAUCCAUGCUAAGUACAGUGUGAGAAAAGACACGCAGCAUCAGUUCAAUGCACGAGAAAGUGAUUGGGGUUUCACAUCCUUCAUGCCUCUUGGUGAAUUGUAUGAUCCUAGUAGAGGGUAUCUUAUGAAUGAUACUCUUAUAAUUGAAGCCGAGGUCCUUGUCCGUAGGAUUGUUGAUUACUGGACUUAUGAUUCAAAAAAGGAGACGGGAUAUGUUGGGCUCAAGAACCAGGGAGCUACAUGUUAUAUGAAUUCUCUGCUCCAAACUCUGUACCAUAUUCCUUAUUUCCGGAAGGCUGUAUACCAUAUGCCUACAACAGAGAAUGAUAUGCCCUCUGGAAGCAUCCCCUUGGCUCUGCAAAGUUUGUUUUACAAGCUCCAGUAUAGUGACACCAGUGUCGCAACAAAAGAGCUGACAAAAUCGUUUGGGUGGGAUACUUACGAUUCUUUCUUGCAGCACGAUGUUCAAGAACUAAAUAGAGUUCUUUGUGAAAAACUUGAAGACAAAAUGAAGGCAACUGUUGUUGAAGGAACUAUACAGAAAUUGUUUGAAGGGCACCACAUGAACUAUAUUGAGUGCAUCAAUGUGGACUAUAAAUCAACACGAAAGGAGUCAUUUUAUGACCUUCAACUUGAUGUCAAAGGCUGUCCUGAUGUUUAUGCUUCAUUUGACAAAUAUGUUGAAGUUGAACGUCUUGAGGGAGACAACAAAUACCAUGCUGAACAAUAUGGUUUGCAGGAUGCUAAGAAAGGUGUUCUGUUCAUCGAUUUUCCUCCAGUUUUGCAGCUUCAACUGAAAAGAUUUGAAUAUGACUUUAUGCGGGAUACUAUGGUAAAGAUUAAUGAUCGUUAUGAGUUUCCAUUGCAACUUGAUCUUGAUCGAGACAAUGGAAAAUAUUUAUCACCUGAUGCUGAUAGGAAUGUCCGCAAUCUUUACACACUUCAUAGUGUUCUGGUUCACAGUGGUGGUGUGCACGGUGGACAUUACUAUGCUUUUAUCAGACCCACUCUCUCCGAUCAGUGGUACAAAUUUGAUGAUGAGAGGGUGACAAAAGAAGACCCUAAACGGGCAUUAGAGGAGCAAUAUGGUGGUGAGGAAGAGUUACCGCAGACAAAUCCUGGAUUCAAUAACAGUCCUUUUAAAUUCACCAAAUAUUCAAAUGCUUAUAUGCUGGUGUAUAUACGGGAAGCUGACAAGGAAAAAGUUGUAUGCAAUGUGGAUGAGAAAGACAUUGCUGAGCAUUUAAGGGAGAGGUUGAAGAAAGAACAGGAGGAAAAAGAGCACAAAAAGAAAGAAAAGGCUGAGGCUCACCUAUACACUAUCAUAAAGGUGGCAAGAGAUGAAGACCUUGGAGAACAGAUUGGAAAGGAUAUAUAUUUUGAUCUUGUAGACCAUGACAAAGUGCGGAGUUUCCGUGUCCAAAAGCAGACACCAUUUAAUGUUUUCAAGGAAGAGGUUGCUAAAGAGAUUGGCGUACCAGUCCAAUUCCAGCGCUUUUGGCUAUGGGCAAAGCGUCAAAACCAUACAUAUCGUCCUAAUCGUCCAUUGACACACAUUGAGGAAGCACAAACUGUUGGACAAUUGAGAGAGAUAUCGAACAAGGUUCACAAUGCAGAAUUAAAAUUGUUUUUGGAAGUGGAACAUGGGCCGGAUUUAUGUCCCAUUGCACCACCAGAGAAGACAAAGGAUGAUAUAUUACUUUUUUUCAAGUUAUAUGAUCCUGAAAAAGAGGAACUGCGUUAUGUUGGCAGACUCUUUGUGAACAGUAUUGGCAAGCCAUCAGAAAUCAUAACAAGGUUAAAUAAAAUGGCUCGUUAUGAUCCUGAUGAAGAGAUUGGACUUUAUGAGGAAAUUAAGUUUGAACCAAAUGUAAUGUGCGAGCCUAUUGACCAGAAAUCAACAUUUCGAGCAAGCCAGCUUGAAGAUGGAGAUAUUAUAUGCUUUCAGAAGGUUCUUGCUAUAGAUAAUGAGGAACAUAUCCGCUAUCCUGACGUGCCUUCUUACUUAGAAUAUGUGCAUAAUCGCCAGGUUGUUCACUUUCGGUCUCUAGAUAAACCAAAGGAAGAUGACUUCUCCCUAGAGAUGUCAAGGCUUUUUACAUAUGAUGAUGUUGUGGAGAGAGUAGCUGAACAACUUGGUUUGAACGAUCCAUCCAAAAUCAGGCUCACCCCACACAACUGCUACUCUCAACAACCUAAACCACAGCCUAUCAAGUACCGAGGGGUGGAACAUUUAUCUGAUAUGCUGGUUCACUACAAUCAGACAUCGGAUAUAUUGUACUAUGAAGUACUUGACAUCCCUCUGCCAGAAUUACAAGGUUUGAAAACUCUGAAAGUUGCAUUUCAUCAUGCUACCUCAGAUGAAGUGGUUAUACAUACCAUCAGACUCCCAAAGCAGAGCACUGUGGGAGAUGUCCUUGAUGAUCUUAAAACAAAGGUUGAGUUGUCUCGCCCUGAUGCUGAGCUUAGGUUGCUUGAAGUCUUCUAUCACAAAAUAUACAAGGUUUUCCCUCCCAAUGAAAAGAUUGAAAACAUAAAUGAUCAAUACUGGACACUACGAGCAGAGGAGAUUCCAGAAGAAGAGAAAAAUCUUGGUCCUCUUGAUCGUCUAAUCCAUGUCUAUCAUUUUACUAAAGACACAACUCAGAACCAAAUGCAAAUUCAAAACUUUGGGGAACCCUUUUUCUUGGUCAUACAUGAAUGUGAGACUUUGGCCGAAAUUAGAGUGCGAUUACAGAAGAAGCUUCAAGUUCCUGAUGAUGAGUUUGUCAAGUGGAAGUUUGCCUUUUUUUCAUUAGGGCGACCAGAGUACCUCGAGGACUCUGACGUUGUAUCAAGUCGCUUUCAGAGAAGAGAUGUAUAUGGUGCUUGGGAGCAGUAUCUUGGCUUGGAGCAUACUGAUAAUGCUCCUAAAAGAUCAUAUGCUGCUAACCAGAAUCGUCACACAUUUGAGAAGCCAGUAAAGAUUUAUAAUUAG